AUUCUACUACCACACGCUCGCUCGCUCGAAUAACUUGCAGCAGAGUAUAGCUGCACCACCACCAUUGGAACCAACCAACUAACCAACGCUCUUUCCUUUUCUUUCUUCUUCCCCAAGAACACUGUAACAACAACAAAUUUUAUAUACAUAUAGAGAUAUAAACGGUUAUUUCAAAUUCCAAAUAUGGCUACAAAAAAGCUGAUUCGUGAUUUAUUUCUUGCUCAUCGAUCUCUUAUUCUUCCUCAUCAAGGUGUGAAGACGAGGUUGUUUUUGAAUUCGGCUGAUAGACGUGGAUACAGUGUCUUCAAUGAGUUCUCUAAGAAGAUUAAAGAUGAAACUGUUAGUAACCAAGAAUUCCAAAAGUCUGUGAAGGAGUUAAAGGAAAAAGCAGAGGAGCUAAAAGGGGUAAAAGAAAAUCUGAAAGAAAGAACAAAGCAGACAACUGAGCAGCUAUACAGACAGGCUGGUGGUUUGUGGAAAGAAGCUGAAUCUGCUGCAAAGAAGGUUUCUCACAAUGUUAAAGAGAAAAUAUCAGCUGCAGCAGAGGAGGUGAAAGUGGGGAUAGGAAAGCAGGAUACUUCAGAAUCAAAUGAUUUUUCAACAAAACAGGAUGCUGACGCAAAACAAGGAAGUCAGACAACAACCGAGGAAGAGAAAAACCAAGAAUCCGCGUCUGGUAAUGCUUCAGAGUCAUUGUUUGGCAAAUUUAAGUCAACAUUUUCGUCACCAAGGGUAUCUACUUCCUUCCAAAAAAUAAAGGAUGCAAAAAUUGUGGACAUAACCAAGAGAGGUUUUGACAUACUAAAGGAGGAACUAAGUAGCAACUCACCUAAGAGACAGCGUGUUCGUUUCCCUCCUAGCGGCGAAACAAGUACAAAAACUGAUCUUGUUGUUACGCCCUCUAACCAAUCUAGGUGGAGUAAGAAGUUUGAUGAGAUCAAGGAUAAGGUGAAAAGCCAUCCUGCAUUCAAGCGUUUCAGUAAGGUUACUGAACCAGUGAAGACAAAGAGCCAGGAGAUAGUAGAGGACUUGCGGGAUAGAUAUGACACAAGUGACAACCCCAUUAUUAACAAAAUACAUGACAUCAAUGAUACCAUGUUCCAAGAGACAGAUUCUGCACUUACAUAUAAGGAAAUACGACAACGGGAUCCUUCAUUUUCCUUGCCAGAGUUUGUGGGAGAAGUGCAGGAUGCAAUAAAACCAGUGCUUAAUGCCUACGUCAAGGGAGAUGUUGAAACACUGAAGAAGUACUGCUGCUCUCAGCUAAUUGAACGUUGUAAAGCAGAGCAUAAUGCUUACCAAAGUAAUGGUAUCUUUUUUGAUGACAAGAUCCUGCAUAUAUCAGAUUUAGAAGUAAGAGAAGCCAAGAUAUUGGAAUCAUCUCCCCACAUUAUUGUAGUGUUUCAAACACAGCAAAUCUACUGUGUACGUGAUAGGAAUGGAGAGGUUACAGAAGGAGGCAAGGAUACAAUCCACACUGUAUUCUAUCUAUGGGCUCUGCAACAAAUGGACCCAGAAGAUCAAGGAGAAGAUGGUAUUUAUCUAAUGUGGAGACUAAGAGAGAUGCAGAAGCAAGGCAUACAAGCUCUCAUCUAGUUUAUCACUUUCUUCCCUUUUUAAGGAUUUUUGUAUAAUUGAGCCUUUGCUAACAAUGUAUGGAUUUCAUUCAUUGAGGCUAAUUUUUAUUUUUAUAUCCAGCUGAUACACCCUUUUUUAAAAUUAUCAUUAUUUUUUACUGAUGAUGAUAUUAAAAAAAUUUCAUGCGGGUAUGGAUUCAUUUAUUUAUGUAUAAGAUAUGAGCUAGCUUGAAGCAUGAUAAAUUACUUCUAGCUUUGUGCCAGAAUUGGCAAAUGUCAAUAUGGUGAACAAGUUAUUUAUGAUAAUAAUAAAAAACUCAAUGUGUACAAUUUUUUGGUUGGAGAAUA